AUGAAAGCUCGGCAGAAAGUGAGGAGGAAGGCAGCGCCUAAGGACCGGGUCUUUGGGUGUGACCUGGUGGAGCAUCUCCAGUUAUCUGGUCAUGAUGUCCCCCAGGUCCUGAAGAGCUGCACAGAGUUUGUAGAAAAGCAUGGGAUAGUAGACGGAAUCUACCGGCUUUCAGGAGUCUCGUCAAACAUCCAGAAACUAAGGCUUGAAUUUGACACCGACCGCUGCCCUGAUCUCAACAAAGAUCUCUAUCUGCAGGACAUCCACUGUGUGAGUUCUCUCUGCAAGGCCUACUUCCGGGAGCUGCCCAAUCCCCUCCUCACGUACCAGCUGUAUGACAAGUUUGCAGAUGCAGUGGCCAUUCAGAUGGAAGAGGGCCGGCUGGUAAAGAUCAAGGAAGUGCUGAAGGAACUCCCACCGCAACACUACAGGACCUUGGAGUUCCUGAUGAGGCAUCUGGUCCGCAUUGCGUCUUUCAGCGCCAAGACCAACAUGCAUGUGAGGAACCUGGCGAUUGUUUGGGCUCCCAACCUGCUAAGGUCCAAGGACAUUGAGGCAUCUGGUUUUAAUGGCACAGCAGCCUUCAUGGAGGUCCGCAUCCAGUCCAUCGUGGUGGAAUUUAUCCUCACCCAUGUGGAACAGCUUUUUGGAGACGCUCCUCUCUGUGCAGGCAGCCGUGAAUCCCUCAGGAAAUCCCUCCUUCUCAUGGGGUCGCCGACGGUCCUCUUCGAUGACAAAUACUGCUUUCCCUGCAACGUUCCAACUAUGCUGAACCAGGGCGAUGGUCCUCCGCAGAUGCGCCCGUACCACACCAUCAUCGAUCUCAAUGAACAUAAAAGAAAGGGCUCCCUUAAGGCAAAGAAAUGGAGGUCCAUCUUCAAUCUUGGCCGAUCCAGUAAUGACUCAAAACGCAAGUUGAACAAGCCAGAGGAAAAAGAAGUGGACAAAAUGCGAUUGCGACCAGCCAAAAGCAUGGAUUCCCUUAGCUCUAUGCCCUGUGUGAGUGACGAUGUUCCUCAGCUGGGGAGAAAGAGGCCCCAGAAGCAGCUUGUUCAAGCCCGCGGCGAGAGUUUUAACAGCCGUUCUUCCCAAGACAACAGCUCCCUGGAGUUAGAGAAGAUCAAGGCUGAGGAAGGAAUGGGUGAAUCUGAGGGGGAAGCCACUGCCAAGUCGGAGCCCACCACCCCACAGGCCAGCCGGUCCAGCCAUGUUGGGGUGGCCCCUCAAGGGCGAUCACCCCAGUCUGCACGGAGCCGGGCAGAAAAGUGCGUUGGGGUUCACAUCUCGGGACCCAUCUCCGUCACGGUCCCUUUCCACAUUACCUCCAACCUCACACUGUCCCGACUGACUCGGGGGCUGGAGUGUCCCGCCCUGAGCCACUGCACGUUGGAGAAGGAAGCUCCCGAGACUUCUUUGGCCACAGAGGGGACGCCUUCUUUGAAGGAGAACGAAGACAAGCCUAAGCCGGUGUCCGAGAGCAGCAUGGACAAGGAAGAUCCUACAGAACCAGACACAAUAGCGGAACGUUCGCUGGACCUAGAGAACCAGUUGUCCCUGGAAGUCCAGGAUUCCUUUUCCUUCCUGGACAGCCAGGAUGCUUGGCUGGGGGACAGCCUUGAUAGUGACCAGCCCUGGAAGAAUUUGCACAUGGCCCCCGAUUUUGCAGCCAGAGAGACAGAUGACUUCCCAGCCAUGGAUGAUGAUAUGGGAAGCGGAUUCAUGAAUGAAAUGAUGAGAGAAAGCUGGCAGCGGGAGACAUUUUCUGCAGCUCCAUCACUGAACUAUCUGUCCAUCGAGGAGUGUAUGAAUGAGCAGUCAGAUGAGGAAGAUGACCAGUACUAUCUGGCCACGGGUUGUCUGGAUAAGGAAGAGCACUCCAAGGAGGUGGACUCUGAAGAAGUCUACCUGAGUGCAUACGAUGAUCUCAGCCCUCUAGCUAAUGAAUUAAAACAUUAUCAGCAUCUUAAUGACACUCCAGGUGCCCCUCUCAUAGGAAAUCUGACAGAAGAUCAACCCUUCAGUCUGGUUGGAGAGUUUUCAUCUGGAGACCCAGCAGUAUCUGAAGCAGAGGUGGAACCUUUGCCAGGCAGCCCUCCAGCAAAUGACCCACAAUUCGUCAAUUCACAUUUAGAUUCAGAACAAACAAGCCUGGUAGAGGAAGACAAUGGGGUGCCCCUGAGUUCCAGAAGCGAUUCCCAUGAGCUGGAAACGUCUGAGAGGAAUGGAACCAAAGCCACCAAGGUAAAGCCCAGCUUUCCUUUGCCUUUGCAAGCAGAAGAUGCAAAUGCUGGAGAUGAAGAUGACCUCCUCCUUGAAACAGGAUGCUUGCUUCAAGCAGAAUGCCCUCCCAGAGUUUCAGAAGAAAACCAGGAAGAAACUGUGGCUCCAGAUUAUGUAACUCAGGCAACUCAACCGAGCCUCGAGGAUGAGCAACAACUACAAGCUCAGGUCGCAUCAGAAACGGAGCAGGUCCAGUGGCCUCCCUGCAUGCCUAGCUUAGAGGCUGAUGGACCAGCUCCAGAGAUGGCUGGAACAACUGAUGAACACGUGGACUGUGAGUUCCUCCUUCAAGACGCUCAGCAGCUACUGAGCAGAGAGAUUUCCCGACUGAACAGAGAGAUUUCCCAAGCUUCUUCAUCACUGGAAGAUCAAAGGUUGGCUGGGACUCACACCCAGCGCUCUCUCUCGUUAGGCAGUACAUCUGAAAUGCCAUAUUCUGAGGUGCACCCUCUGUCUGCCCCCGUGCUCAGCUUGAGUCCUGAGGAACCUCCUUGGUCCCACACCUCCUUCCCCUAUGCCCCGUUGUCUGACAGCUGGACUGAGUCUUCUUCCUUGUUGCGCAUGGCCUCUUUCCGUAAGAGCUGCCCAGAAACUCUUCUUCUGAAGAAACCUUAUUAUGCACCACCAGAAGGAGCUUCAGCUGCCCCUGAGCACAACGUGCAACCUGAUGGAAGCGUCUCCAUGAAAAAGACCUCCAGCACCGUCCGAGUCCAGCAGGUGAAAUCUUUCCCGGUUAUACCUCCAAAGCCACAGUUUGCCAAGACCCCUCCUUUCCUAGUGCCCAUCUCUCCUACCAAGGAAGCGUCCAUCCUGUGGCCUGACCCACCAAUAUCAGAUCAUGAUGGGAAUGAGGUGAAGAAUGGGUCCAAUGAGGACACUACGCACAAACCGCCUCGCCCCAUCAGCUUGACCACUGACAGCAGUGAAUCUAUAGAAAAUCUUCCUGCAUCUUCUGAGACGCCCACCUCUCCAAGUAACCGCCUGAGUGGUUCGGGGACCCUUCAGAAGCAGCGGAAUUCCAUGCCGGUGUGUCUCGAGAAAUAUGACAGGGAAGAUGAGAGCAGAGGGGACAUGCUCCAAAAUUUGCAGUGCUCCUCGCCUGUAAGUUUGGAUAAAUGCAGCCAUUGGGCCAAGAAGGAUGAGCUCAGCGGAGAUGACCUCCAGCAGAUGAAGUGCUCCCUUCCAGAGAAUUUAGAUACAUGCGGCGGAAAUUCCAAGAGGGAAGACGGAAAAGGGGAGCUACCUCCGAGGUAUCAGCUGGCGCAUGGCAAAGGCAGCGGGGCUGCUCCUCAGAAGCAGAGGUGGACCAACUGGCGCAACGGGGGGAGCAUGUCCUUUGAUGAGGCUGUUGCCCUUGCCAAAGAGAGGCAUGUGGCUCAGGCACCAGUCAGAAGGAUGCAGACCUAUUGCUGUGGAGAUGUCGAGGGUCUGCACAGCCUCUCCAGAGCAGAAAAACCUCCCCCUGUCCCGAAACCUGCCCUCAGACCUUUAGGACAGCGCCCGCUAAGACCUCUGAGCUGCACAGGCACAGCUGCAUCCCCAGAGGCUCUCCUUUCGGGGAAACCACUUCUUGCUCAAGCAUCGUCUGACAUCAUCUCAGAAGGCCAGCUUUCACCCAACCAGGAAGCGCCUUGCGUUCCUCGCGACCUUCUGUCCAGGGGCAGGCUGAGCUUGCUAAAGAUGGGAAGACGCUUAUCCAUGUCAGAAGAGAUACCGGGUGCAGCACGAUAGCAACUGAGGUGACUGGCCUUGUAAGAUAAAUCGUGGGACUGUGGCCUAAAAAAUGUUCGUUGCUCAUACUGCAGCAGAAUUCAGCUUGUAUUCUUCCAGAGAAAGCCUUUCCAGUUUGUAAGCAACGGUCUGGUUAAACGCAGAUCUUUUUUUCCCUGUGCAGAACUCUACUUGAAAAUGCCUAGUUUUGUAACUCUUAAUUGUAAAAGUGCCAGUCGGUAAUAAUGGACGGACCACGGCUCAGUGGUAAAGCAUCUGCUUUGCAUGCAGAAGGUCCUGGGUCCAAUCCUUUGCCAUCUCCAGUUAAAGAAGGAUUCCAGGUUCAAGGAGAGCUAGGGAAGACCUUGGAGAAUCAAUGCCAGCCACGGCAGACAACAUGGGGCAAGAUGGAUCAAUGGGCUGACCAUAUAAGUGUGU